AUGCGGCUCGGAAUGUCGAUUCGGGUGGCCAGCCCCAACAUCGAGCCGCAUUCCAUAUUUCUACUCACGUUUUGCCCCAUCUCCGCCUCCCCGCUUCCGUCGUCACCCCAUCGCGCUUCCCCGCGCGCGCUACCAUUUCCCCGUGCGCGCUACCCUGUUCGCUCUCCAGCGACCAAGUCAUCUCCACCGCCCCCUUCCUCGCCCCCCCCUCUUCUGCUCGCACUUCUUCCCACGCUUCCCCCCUUUCCUUGCCCGCCCCCCUCCUCCUCUCCCCAUCCCGUCCUGUCCCUCAGCCGCCCCACCAUCGCGCUGACCCCACCCCUCCUGCCCUCACUGCUCGCCAAACUGCCCCUUUUGCCCCCAUCCCCUUUCUGUACAAAAUUCUGUCCGCUUGGCUUCUCCUCCCCUCCCCCCCUCCACCCCUCUCCACUUCCCCUUUCCCCCGUCCCUUCCCCCCGCUCCCUCAGUGCGGCAUCCCCACUUGUCCCCGCGCGGACCCGCCCUGCCUUGACUGCCGGGGCAGUGGGCGAGUGGAGUGCACCCGCUGCUGCGGCCGAGGAGAGUGUGCUUGGGGGGCUGGAGUGGAGAGGAGGUGGGCAGACGAGGUGGGCAGUGGAUCUAGGGGCGUUUGGGAAGACUGGCAGGGACGGGGGGAGGGAGGGGCGUGGAGGAGGAGGGGCGGGGCGCACCAACCACGUGGACCUCGUCAUGCUCCCCACCGGCUCCUGGCCGCGCUGGGGCAGUGGUGCCGCUAUUCCGGCACUGGCUGUGCUUGCCCAUCUCUCCGCUCGCCCCCAAACGCCCUCCUCUCCCUCCCUGGCAGGUGCUGGUUCUGCAGGGGCAGUGGGCGGUGCUACUAUGCGCGCUGCGCCCGCCGCGGGCCCUGCCUUCACGCCACCGCGCCUGCCCGUUCGCCUCUGCCGCGCCUGUCAGCUACGCCCGCCGCGGGCCCGCCCCUUGCGCCCGCCGUGCCUGCGUUUUGCGCCCGCCGGGGGCCUGCACUCGCUGCCCGCCAUCUCUCCCAGUGACACCCGCCGCGCCUGCCCUUACAGCCUGCUGCGGCCCUGCCCUACCUGCCUGCCGUGCCUGCCCGUGCCGCCCGCCGAGCCUGCCCUUUGA